AUGAGCCGGAGGAAACAAGCAAAUCCAAAAAGGAGGUUUCCGGUGGAUGACGACGAAGAAGUUCUUCAAGGCGAAGAGGUAUCGACAAUGCAGAAUAAAUGACCGCCUUCAUCGCGUUCUUCAGAAGCAGCAGAAACUAGAAGAGCAGCCGAGCAGUUCGACUCCGCCACCGCCGCCGCCGUCCAACAAGUCGAACGGCUUGAAGACGUCGGCCAAUCCCUUGUCGAUGCUCGAAGAUUCCAUGAGGAAAUUCGACCCGCGACUUUUUGCCGCUUGUCAGUUUUCCAUGGAUAUUCAAAAAAAAAAAAAAGAUUUUUUGGGGUUUUGGACUUGAGACUCAUGUAAUCAGGAGUGAUUCAGAAAAAAAUUUUACAAGUACAAAAAUUUUUUUAUCAGAUGAGAAAAAAAGUUUUUUUAUUAUUUAUCCAUAUAAAUUACGUGGAGACGCUCCAAAAAAUGCAACUUGGUUUUAUUUUCUAUCACUCAGGUGCUCCCUUAGCCAUUUUCAAAACCUCAGAGCAAAAAUUUUGAUUCCAAAAACGCGAAAAUUGCGAGCUCUCUCUACUUUUCAAACAGAAAUUGUUAUUCGUAUAUAUUUUUUCCGCCCGAAAACGUGAUUUUGUUGUUGGAGGGACUAUCAUACGCGCAGAGGAGAUUCAGGCCAACAAAAUAGUGGCCUUCGAGGGAGAUCGAUCUGAUCGUGUUAAUGUGAUUCCGAUGUUAUGCGUGGGAUGGGAAUCUUUUUGACUCUUUCCGAAGAUGGCGCCAUUUAUGACUUCCAUAACAGUCUGAUCAGCUCUGGAAAACGAGUAAUAAAAAUGGAAGAACUGGCCGCUUUUUUCAUCCCUUUUAAUGAGAUCUGCCGGCGUCCAAUUGCAAUCGAAAACAAUUUUUAUUGCCGUCGGAUGAUAGGUUGAGAAAUCUCCUGACCAGGAAAGAUGCGAUCAUGUACAGUUUUUAUCGCUUUUCGUUUCAAGAAGCCUGUCUUCGGGCUUUUUAAGCUUCAAUUAUGGCUUCGAAAUCAUCUCAAUGCUACGAGAACGAAGCUCGACUCAAACCGGUGUGAAAUUCUCAAGACCAACAAAUAAUUCAUUCAUCCUCGGUUCCCAUGCGAAAAGCUGUCAUUUCGAAUCAUGUUCACCCCAUAUAUUCGUCGGUUUUUUUUUUCUCUUUUUCGUCUGCUCCUUUCAUUUUGAGUGGCCAGGAAAUGAAGGGUCUCGGCAGAAAUUUAUUGGCCACUUACUCUUGUUGUGGAGGAGCCGGCCGGUGUCUUCUUUUCCUGGAGACGUGACGGUUCGAAUCAUCGUUCUCCCCGUCAAUUUCCGACCAGAAUAAUGGAACAGGGACGCUGAAAGUUUUCCCAAUGUGAGGUCCUUAAAAUUGUGGGACAGAUCUAGAAAUGCUCAUUGAGAGCCCAGAGACAUUUACUGGAUUAAAAAAUCUUUUAAAAUAAGAAAAUAAUAAACUCCAUCUGGUUGUUCGCAUUCAGAAAGCCAUCUCUGGAACAGUUUCAUUCACCACUUGGGAAAUUUUUAGGGAAUUCCAGCAUUUCUACUUAUUCAUUGCAAAAAAAAAAAUCCAAAACUCUUGAAUUUCAGGUUUUGAUGGAGAUAUGCUGAUUUUUAUACGCGUGUAUAGAAUUUUUGAAUGAAAUGGUUAUGUUGAAGGGAAAGUCGAUGAAUUUCACAAAAUGCAAUUUUCCCUGCGUUUAAAUCAUUCAUGUAAGACUUUUUAGUUCCAAUUUGGAACUUCCAAUCAUUCAGCGCUUCUAGAGAAAACCAAAUUUUUGCCUCGCUUUUCUGUGCAAGUUUAUGCCACGGUGUUUUUCCAACUCAUUUUGGCGCGGAAUACGGCCUUUUGAAUAUAUUAUCAAGUUUUUUUUUCGUUUUUCAUUUCCUAAAAGCGUGAUUUCAGUCAACAACGGCUCCGCGCUGCCAUCGCAGCUGAGUAACUUCCCUUUUGGCUUUCCUCCCAACAGUAAUGGCCUCAAUGCUCUGUAUAAAGUCGUCGGGAAUGUGCCAGAUCCAGCCACGAGUGAGUUCUUGCUCUUUUUCUCCAUGUUUGAAAAUUUUUUUCCGUGUGUCCUUUAGUAAAGAUAAGAACUUCUACCGGGUUUCACAAAGCUUUAACCAAGCUUCAGUUUCAUGCGUUUUAAGGCGUGAACUUAAAAAUUUUAGAAUUGUUCGAAAAAACUUAUUUGAUAUUCUUCAUUUUUUUUUUCGUUCUUUUUCGGCUAAAAAUUUUGAAUCGAAGUUCGCUUUUUGACGACAUUUGUCGCAUUUAAAAAAAAUUCUCCCCCGAAAAAAAGUUGUUAUUUUUUCUCAUAGUUCAGGGCAUAUUGGAUUCAUGAUGGGCAUUUUUAAGGUUUUUUUUUUUCUUGGAACUUGAAAAAAAGUUCUGCUACAUUUUACAAAUUAAAAAAACUUUUUUGUGCAGAGUACUCAUCUUUUUUUAUAUUUUUUGUAACUCAUUCAUUAAUAAAAAAAUUUUUGGUUACAGAGCCGGCGAACAGGGAUGGAUUCCGUCCUGAAAUGUCUUCAGUGUGGCUUGAACUUUCAAUCGAUGGAGCAAUUUGUUCGACAUAUGCGCGAGACCAAACAUUUCAAUCAUCUCCAGCCCGUCACGUUCGUUUUUUUUUUUUCAUUAAUUCGAACUUUUCUAUUCUUUAUUGGUCCUGAGUCUUUUCGAAAGCGUCCGAAGGUUUAAAAGCUUUUUUUUCAUUCUCUCACUGAGGUUUUCAAAGGCACAGUUUUUUUCAAAAUUAAAAUGAUAAUAGAAACUGCGCGGCUAUGCUUUUAAAAACAUUUUAUGAAUGAAAAUAGCUCUGGCAUAAUAUUUCGCAUUGGUUUGCUUCGGAGAGUCCAUAAGGAACUUUCAAAGUUUACAUUUUGUUAAAUUGUUAUAAAAUCUUUAAAAUAUGAAAAAUUCAAUUGGAUAAUUUCGAGAAAAUAAAGAAUUAGUUUCUGGAAUUUGCGAUUUUGAAAACUUUUAUCUAGCAAAACCAAAACUCUCCGGAGAUCUCGAAUCAUGCGGAAGCAAAAAAAUUAAUCAGCGCGAGCUGCUUUUCUCCAGUUUCUAAGGAAUUCAUCUCCUAAUGGCCUCGUAAAGUGUUUCCUACAGCUUAUCCAGCUUCUCAUAAAUUAACAAUUUCUUUUUUUCUAUACCUUUUAUCCUUCAGAGCUCCGAAACUUGUCCCUCCGGUGGAAGAGCUCAAAAAAAGCAAGGUGAAAAACUCGGCUAUAUCCGCCAACGAAAUGGGACGCUUCAUGGAGGAAACUAUGAAGACUGUUUGUAAGUUGUUUAAGUUGUUCAAAAGAAAUUGGCGAUUUUAUUGAAGGAGCAUAGGUUUUUACUAAGAAAGGUGCACGACAAAAUUUUUUUUUCGAGGUUCAUUUGUUUUUUUGGCGGGAAACGUGGAAAAGUGAUGUAAAAUUACCUAUAAGAACAAAUGAAAAGUUAAUGAGAUCAUUGAAACAAAAGAAAACCUUUCCAGCGCCGGCCCAACAGUUCUGGAUGCAGCAACAGAUGGGCGCCUACAACAUGAUGAUGAACGAAGAACUUCUCAAAUCCUUUGCUCUCCUCUCCAAGGGCAGAAAAUGA